AUGUCAUCUUCAUCAUCUUCUUCAUCGACCUCCGAAACAUCCACUCUGGCAUUAUUGACCCCUCCGGAUUCCUCGCCCGGUUCGCCUAUCAAGACUCAAUCAGAGUACGAAUCGCCUUUCACUUCUACCCCGAUCUCUCGAACACGUUCACCAGCACCUACCAAGCCCUCCACCUAUACCGACUCCCUUCUUACCCUAACGGACAAUGUGACUUCCUCAAUUGCAUCUUCGAUCUAUUCUAUCGGUGGUGGACCGUUGAUAUCGGUAGCGAAAUUUGCGAUAUUGCAAACGAUGAGUUCUCAGAUAUCUUAUGGGAAAUUAACCAUCAUUACUCCCCAAGGUGAAUCCCAUACUUUCCCUUCAGCAGAGAACCGCAAAAAUGAAGGAGAAGAAGAAGUGGUAGAAGGACAAAAGACAGAAGUCACGAUCAAAGUGUUAAAAGAUAGUUUCUGGUUGAGAUUGGUAGCUCAGGGCGAUUUGGGUUUUUCAGAAUCUUAUAUGAUGGGUGAAUGUGAGGUUGAUGAUUUGGUAGGGGUUUUCAAGAUAUUCAUCAAAUCUUCACCUUCCUCAUCAUCGACCAACAUCUCCGGUGUCCGCACCAUCCCAUCUAGGAUCUUCUCCUUGAUCACCUCUUUGACCAACUCCCGAUUCGCCAAUACCAUAACCAACUCGAUCUGCAAUAUCUCAGCGCACUACGAUUUGUCAAAUGGGAUGUUCAGAUCGUUCUUGAGCAAAGAUAUGACUUAUUCAUGUGCUAUCUAUCCCGAUCUAGAUAAAGAUCUAUAUGACGGUACAGAGUCGAAAAGAAGCCAAGGGAAGAUCGUAGAUGUUUAUGAUAAUGAUAAAGGGGAAGAUGAGUUGGAAGAAGCUCAAUUGGCUAAACUCAGACAUAUCAUCAAAAAAGCAGAUAUCAGACCUGGACAUCGAGUGUUAGAGAUCGGCUCAGGAUGGGGAAGUAUGGCCAUCGAGGCCGUGAGACAGACCAACUGUACUGUCGAUACCAUUACAUUAUCGUCGCAGCAGAAGGCUCUGGCAGAAGAUAGGAUCAAAGCUGCUGGUUUGGCAGGUAGAAUAAGGGUCUGGUUGAUGGAUUAUAGAAAACUACCAGAAUCUUGGAAAGGUACCUUCGAUCGAGUCGUCUCCAUUGAAAUGUUAGAAGCGGUAGGAAAAGAAUUCAUACCUGGUUACUUCGGAGUUUUAAACGAAAUGUUGAACGAAAAAGGUGUAGCGUGUAUUCAAGUGAUCACCAUACCUGAAUCAAGGUUUGAGAAAUAUCAACAAGAAGUUGAUUUCAUCAGGAAAUGGAUUUUCCCAGGUGGUUUCUUACCUACCGUGACGUACACUUUAGACUCGGCUACUCAGGGGUCAAAGAAUAGAUUGGUACUUGAUAGUAUAUCUAACAUAGGGCCACAUUACGCUAGGACAUUGAGAGAAUGGAGACAUCGGUUCAUAGCUAAUUUCAAUGAUUCGGUCAUCCCUGCGUUGUUGGAUGAACAUCCAGAGAUGGAUCAGGAGGAUAUACAGGUAUUUAAGAGGAAAUGGAUAUAUUACUUUGCAUAUUGUGAAAUUGGAUUUUCAGAACGUGUUUUAGGUGAUCAUAUCUUCACGUUUGUUAGGGAAGGAUAUUCGGAUUACGGAUGUUCAACUUAUCAGUAA